AUGGUCAAGUUAGAUGCCGAGGCCAUCCGCCGAAGCGAUCACGCCAACAUGGUCCUUCUUGUUGUACUCUACAUGUUGCAGGGCGUGCCCAUGGGCCUGGUGAUGGGUUCCAUCCCGUUCCUGCUGCAGAGCAAGCUGACCUACACCGAGCUGGGCAUUUUCUCCAUCGCCGGCUAUCCCUACGCCCUCAAGCUCUUCUGGUCUCCCCUGGUGGCCGGCCUCAUGAUGUACAUAAUCGGGCUUCACGUGGAAGAGGUCUUCGCGCGGCCCGAGAUUCCAGUCUAUUUUGUCACCUUCUGUUUCCUGUGCCUCACCAUCUUGGUCGCCACCCAGGACAUCGCCGUUGAUGGCUGGGCACUGACGCUGCUGUCGAAGCCGAUGCGAGGCUGGGCUUCCACAUGUCAGACGAUCGGCUUGAACAGCGGGUUCUUCAUGUCGUUUACCAUCUUCCUCGCGCUCAACUCGGCCGAGUUCUGCAACAAAUACCUUCGCGCCGAGCCGUUGCCCGAAGGCCUGCUGCCGCUGUCCACCUAUAUCCAGGUGUGGGCCUUCCUCUUCCUCGUCGUCACCUUCUACCUGGCCUUCGCCAAGGACGAGAAGCCAGACUUCCGCACCCACGGCGCGAUGACGUCACCAUCAUUGUCGUCGUCAUCGUCGUCGUCAUCGUCAUCAUCGUCAUCAUCGACCGCCGGCGCUGCCGCAUCGACUGACGACUUCUUCUCGGCCGGCGGCCGUGGCAAGUCGAGUGAGCUCAUGAUCGACCACGGCGAAAAGGACAAGCAAACGCGCGAACGCGAGCGCGUGCGGCAGGUGCAAAAGGAGUCGCGCACGAUGGGUGCGACCAUCGUGGUCAACGAAGGCGAUGACAGCGAUUCCGAAGACCGCUCAUUCCAGCGUCACAACAACAACAACAACAAUAGCAGCAACCAUGUCUCGGAGACGGACUACGAUGAGUUCGACAAUGACGACGAUGAUGACGAUGAAGAGGAGGUCACGGUCAAGGCGGUCUUCUGGAAGAUCUGGAAGCUGGUCAACCUGCCCAACAUGCGCACGCUCCUGCUCCUGAUGCUGGUCUACAAGCUCGGGUUCAUGGCCGCCGACACCGUGUCGGCGCUCAAGCUCAUUGAAAAGGGCUUCAAGAGGGAGGACCUCGCCCUAUUCGUGCUCAUCGAGUUCCCCUUCCAGAUCUUCUUCGCCGUUCUCGCCGGCAAGUGGGCCAGCGGCCGAGCUCCCCUCACUUCGUUUAUGAUUGGCUUCAAGCUCAGGCUGGUCAUCUCGGCGCUCGGCGGCCUGGUGAUCUACUUCUUCCCGAGCGGGGGCAUCUCGACGCCCUACUAUCUCGUCGUCCUCGCGCUCACCCUCGCCACCUCAUUCUCCGGCACCAUCCAAUUUGUCUCUCAGGGAGCAUUCUUUACGCGUAUCAGCGACCUGUCGAUCGGCGGGACCUACCUCACGCUCCUCAACACCUUCGCCAACCUGGGUGGGACGUGGCCUAAGUUCUUCGUUCUCUACUUCGUCGAUCUCCUCACCGUCAAGCAGUGCGUCGGCGAUGGCGAGGAGUUGGCCCAGGUGGGCAGCUGUGUGGCCAAGGACAAGGGCGACGAGUGCGCGGCGCUGGGCGGGACGUGCGAGAUGGAGGUCGACGGCUACUACCCGGUCGUCGCCGGCUGCUUCGUGAUCGGCCUCGGCCUCGUCGUGCUCCUCCAACGGCGCCUCGUCCCACUCGAGCGACUGCACCCCUCCGCCUGGAAAUUCAAGCAGUGA